AUGAUUGCUAAUGGUCAUAGCAUGGGCGGAUUAUGUAUAGGGCCAGGAGGGGCUUUGGCCCCCUGUCUGAUUUCCAAAGCUAGCGACAAGAAGUCAAAAUCGAUUUGUAUCUUACGUUGUUACCCAGUUCCUCCCCCAUCAUCGCUAGUCGCUACCUCCUUACCUUGCUCAGUCGCUGCUCGUUGGUCUCGCCAUUCACCACCACAACAGCUGUCACCGGAAAUCAGCUUCUUGAAAUUGGUCUCGCCAUUCACUACCCUUCUAUCACUUGAACUUGUUGUUGCAUCUGGUGUUCCAUGUUGCAGAAGAUGUGCUCUUUAUGAUUUCAUUAGCCUUCCACACAAGGUGGGGACAAUGGCUGGAGGAGCUGUAGAUUGUCAGUUUUGGCAUAGAAAUUUAGGCAUUAAGGGCUCUGUUCAAUCUAAAAGAAGCCUUCUGCUUGAACUGCAACACAGAUCCACAAAAUUUGAUUCUAUAAUUGAAAAGCAUCAGAAUAUAAGGUUUGCACUGGUUGAAAGGAAGCCAGUUCUUGAUAAAGCAAAUUUCAGUAGAAGGAGGAAUGGUUCUACUUAUAUUCCUUCAACUUCAAUGGGAAGUAGUGUUCCUAAUGGUGUUAUUAAAACAACUGUUGCUCCUUUAGUAGACUUGCUUGAUUUAGGAGGAGGAGAAGAACCUCCUCCACCAAAUACAAAUAGCAUGAUGACAGGUGACAACUUUCUUCAAGAUCUUCUUGAUGUUGGAAUGUCCCCAUCUUCAUCACAACCAGGUUAG